CCUCCCUUCCCCCGCCAGAGUCGCCGCUUGGUUUGGUGUCGCUGCAGCUCAGCGUUCGCCUUUGUCUGUGCCGCCUCGUGACCGUCGUUCGGGAGGCGGAAGCGCGUGUUUGCAGCCAUGCAGGGCGGGUGGCGCGCGUGUGGGCCGCGGCUGUGGCUCCGUCACGUGGACAAACGGGUGAAGGUGAAGACCAGACGACAGGAGCACCGCGGAUGGCUGCUGAGCGUGGACCCCGUGUCCGCCAGCCUGGUCCUGGUGAACCUGGUGGAGAGCAGAGCGUCGGUGUGCGUGGUCAUGGGCCACGCCGUGGAGGAGGUGGAGCUUCUGCAGGAUGGCGGCGGGGAGACGGGGGAGCACAUCUGGUCCUUCCUUAACCCCACCCCCCCCUGCAGCCUGGACGCCAAGCAGACGAGGAGGAAGAGGGUGGCGGUGUGCAGCUGGCUGAGAAAGAACCGCAUUCCCGUGGAGGAAGUGGAGGAGGAGGUGAGGGUGGCGGGGGUUCUGACCAUCAAGGCGCCGUACCGAUCAGAGGACUGCAGCAGCUCCAACCAGGUCAUUCUGGACCGCGUCCAAAGGCUGCUCCGGGCCCACCAGGAGCAUGCGGAGGCUCAGGACUCAGACUGAGCCGCUGUCAAAAGCCCCGCCCCAUUGAGUAUUGCUAAGUGAUCAUUUCAGAAUAAAAGCCUUCUGCUACAGUGGAUUAAAACA